AAGCGUCUGAGCCGCGCCUCGUUGCUAAAGGAACGAGCGCUACCGCCCGCUUCGCUCCAUGUCGCUACCGGAGCCGGUGAGGAGGCGGCUGAACUCCUUCAGCCGAACUGUCUUCACCGACAGCAACCGCACCGGGCCCGAGCAGGGCGGCAACAUUGCGGAUAAUGAAAUUGUCUCGAGUUUGCCCUUGCAGAUGUCUCUCUAUUUCAACCUUUGCUUUUUCCCAUGUUGGUGGCUGAGCAGUGUAGUCAUGCUGCAACUGAAGUAUCCAGUCUUACCAGACUAUUACAAGUUCAUCCUUGUCACAAUCAUUGUAUUAACAUCUCUGAUUGAGAUUAUCCGCCUGUACCUGGGAUACAUGGGAAAUUUGCAGGAAAAGGUUCCUGAACUAGCUGGCUUUUGGCUCCUGAGUCUCCUUUUGCAACUUCCCUUAAUUCUCUUUGUGCUUUUAAAUGAAGGUUUGGAGAUUCAGCCGCUGGAGCGAGCAGUGAAUAUCAUUUUUGUAGUCUUCCUUGUCUUUCAAGUAAUUACUGCAUUCCUUGCUCUUAAAAGAAUGGUGAACCAACUGGCAACUCGCUUCCGCCUUCAUGAGUUUGACCGGUUAGAUGAUAAACUUCCUUCUGAUAACCUAGCCAGGAAGAAAAGGAAGGUGGAAGCUUCAUGGUUUGUGGAACCACCUGUGGAAGAAGUUUGUUCAGCGAGUGGUGGCUGGGGUUCUGCAACAAGAGCGUGAUGGUCUUUGGAAUCCUUGCCCGCUGAUGCGCCUUUGUUCAUGUUGCUUAAUAAUUCAUGAGAAUUCGAGUAAGGAAUUUGCCUUGUUAACAGAUUACAAAGAGCCAUUUUUGACAGGGAACUUGUGAGAUUAGUGCUUCUGACAGUAUAUUCACCCGCUGGCUGAUUGUGAUGUGGUGAAAAAUGUUAACCUAUGAAAGAAUAUGACAUUAGCAUGUAAAACAUGCUUGUAUUUUGCAAGCAUGAUUCAUGAUGAGAAGAUUAAUUUUCUGCCCACUGUUGCUUAUGCCUUACCUAAUCUGUAUGGAUGUUGCCUUCAGCUGUUGUCUUUUAAAUGUGUUUCUUCAUGGGUAUUCUUCAGUGGAGGAAAUGUAUUAUACUUGUAUCAGCACUCAAUAACCAUGAAUGCCUGGAACAGGAUUGGGAAUUAAAACUGCUUAUUUGUGUGUGA